CAUUUGUCUACUUCCAUCCUUCGCCAACACCAUGGCUAAAUCACGGUUCGAAUACGUCAGAAACUACGAGCUCCCCGAUCCUCUGACCCCUAAUACUUUCAUCGUUGUUCGUGUUGACGGCAAGGGGUUUCACAAAUUCUCAGAUGUGCAUGAGUUCAGCAAACCGAAUGACAAAAGGGCCCUCGACCUUAUGGAUGCAGCAGCCCAAGCAGUGCUGGAAGAAUACAAGGAUGUAGUCAUGGCUUUCGGCGAGAGCGACGAAUAUAGUUUUUUGCUACGUCGGGAAGCCAAGCUGUACAACAGACGGCGCAGCAAGAUCAAUUCAUCCAUUGUUUCUCUGUUUACCUCCGCAUAUGUCUUCCACUGGCAACGGUUCUUUCCCGAAACCACACUGAAAUAUCCACCAACUUUUGAUGGCCGGGCAGUGAUGUAUCCCUCUGCAAGAGAAGUCAGGGAUUAUUUCAGUUGGAGACAAGCCGAUACACACAUCAACAACCUGUACAACACCACUUUCUGGGCUUUGGUCCAUGGUGGAUGCUCUACAACUGAAUCAAAUAGAAUAUUACAAGGCACAACCUCCAAAGACAAAAACGAGAUAUUAUUCACAAGAUUCCAAAUCAAUUACAACAACCUUCCUGAGGCUUUCAGAAAAGGGAGUGUAUGUGUACGGAAGUCAUCUAGAGAAUAUGGGGAGUGUGGCUCAACAGCUAUGGUGGACAAUGGUGUUUCACAUGCUGCAGAGUGCACAGACUUGCCGAAAAAGACAUCUGCUAAGGGCAAGCAGGCCAAGCAGUUUCUGGGAGUAGAUGGGAAGGCUGUUGUGCUGCAUCUAGAUAUCAUCAAAGAUGAAUUCUGGACUGCAAGACCUUGGCUUCUGAUCUGAAGUAUGUCCAUGCAUAUCUAUGUCACCUGGCAUCAUACAACUCAUUAUGUUCUUGAGUCAAAGAUCACACAACGGCAACCAGGUCUGCUUUGAAGAGAAAGCUAAAGUCCCCACCUAGUGUUGUUGUGGGCUAAGCCCAAGUGCUUGGGCAGGGAGACCUUGGUGUAUUUGGUGAAGGUCCAGGAGGAGGAGUCAAAGUGAGGGAGGAAGAAGAGGUAAUAGGGUCAAGGGGAAGUUUCAAUCCCAGUGCCCAGCCUUAUGAUUCAUGCAAGGGAU